AUGCUUGAAUUUAUUUAUUCGCACACUGCCCCAGCCAGCACCCAGAAUGUUGCGCCACAGCCCAGUAUUCUUUCGGAGUACAUUUUUUUCCCUUUCUACGAUACUAUUGUCAAGUACUACCCGAAAUGUUGGGCCCCAAAUAAAGUCACUCUGGCGGGUGUUUCCAUGACGCUCACGUCCACGCUGCUGCUCCUGAGCUCCAUGCCGCUUGAAACGCAGUUUUCCCCACCCCGGGUAGGUCUUCUGCCGGCGUCUUUGACCUCGGACGAUUCAUCCUUUUCAAACCACACCCCGCUCUCGAUCUCCAAUGCACGGCCUUACUUCAGCUCUCUAACCCCAACGUCACAGUUGAUUCUCUGCGGGUUUCUGAACCUGCUCUACUGCAUCGCCGAUAACACAGAUGGACGACUGGCGCGACGAGAUCAGAAAACGAGUGUGAUUGGAGAGUACUUAGACCAUGGUUUAGACUGCGUCACCUCCUUGCUGUCCACGUGCUGCGUCUUUUUAGUCUUGGGCUGUUCGCUCAGCAACAUGGCUAUUUCGGUUUGUCUGAUUGCCAUCGCAACAGCUCUUUCUCACACCUUAAAUUAUGAAAAAAAUAUUUUUAUUUUCGGGAACCGAAUUCUCUCGGUAGACGAAGCCAUGGUAUUUUUCGGCUUGAGCAUGUGGUUGCCGCUACUUUUUCCAAGCUUAAUCAACGAACAGAUCUCAAAUGGGCUUGCAUCGAAGACUUGCUUCGGAUUCGAUGCUUGUACUUCGGUAGUGUCGAGGCUCAAGUGGAUCGAAAUGUUGUAUAUUUUAUAUAAUAUAACACAAGUGGAAACGUUUUUCAGUUUGGUACGUAGAAAUUGGCAAAUGCUCUUUAGAGGUCAUACAAUUUCGAUUGUGUUGAAUUCAAUUGUUUUCCUCAGCCUGGUGUCGAAGCACUCCGCAGACAUAGCAACAGACCCGCGCUCUGCCAUCCCGGGCUAUGUUUUAGCUCCUUUUAGCUAUCCCGCCAUUUGGAUUAUCACUUGUGCGUGUACUAGUAGCAUUAUUGUACACAUUCCAAUCGCAGCAAAAUGCGCAAGGCUCUCACGCACAAAUCUGGUCCCUCUGAUAGGGUUAUUGUUCGUUUGGAUUAUCUUUACAUACUGUCCUUCCGCUGGGGCAGUUCUUUCCAUAGUACUUCAUGUACUCCAAGUACUAUUAAUCCUCCGUUUAAUUAAGGCGAGGAGCUAUUUGAAAGCUAAAUCUAAUAAAAAUGCACACCCCGGGACUUUGUACACAAAAAUCAAUGGAAAAUGUCAUGGGUGA